AUGGUGGACUCGGGCAAUGAAAGGAGAUGUGUAGAGAUUUCCUGUCAAGCCAUGAUGAAGCUCAUGGACGGUAAUGAGGCUUUAGCAGUGUCCCCCGAACUGCCUGAGUCCCCCGAACUGCCUGAGUCCCCCGAACUGCCUGAGUCCCCCGAACUGCCUGAGUCCCCCGAACUGUCUGAGUCCCCUGAACUGCCUGAGUCCCCCAAACUGUCUGAGUCCCCUGAACGGUCCCCAGAAGUGUCGGAGUCCCCAGAAGUGUCUGAGUACCCCGAACUGCCUGAGUACCCCGAACUGUCUGAGUACCCCAAACUGUCUGAGUCCCCCGAACUGUCUGAGUCCCCCGAACUGUCUGAGUCCCCUGAACUGCCUGAGUCCCCCAAACUGCCUGAGUCCCCCAAACUGUCUGAGUCCCCUGAACGGUCCCCAGAAGUGUCGGAGUCCCCAGAAGUGUCUGAGUACCCCGAACUGCCUGAGUACCCCGAACUGUCUGAGUACCCCGAACUGUCUGAGUACCCCGAACUGUCUGAGUCCCCCGAACUGUCUGAGUCCCCCGAACUGUCUGAGUCCCCCGAACUGUCUGAGUCUCCCGAACUGUCGGAGUCUCCCGAACUGUCGGAGUCCCCAGAAGUGUCGGAGUUCCCUGAACAGUCUAUGUCCCUUGAACCAUCAGAGUCUCAUGCACUGCCUUCAUGUCCAGAACUGUCUGAGUGUUCCCCAGAACUGUCGGAGUCCCCAGAACUGUCGGAGUCCCCAGAAGUGUCUGUGUCCCCUGAACUGUACGAGUCCCCAGAACUGUCGGAGUCCCCAGAACUGUCGGAGUCCCCAGAACUGACAGAGUCCCCAGAAGUGUCUGUGUCCCCUGAACUGUACGAGUCCCCAGAACUGUCGGAGUCCCCAGAAGUGUCCGAGUCCCCAGAACUGUCGGAGUCCCCAGAAGUGUCCGAGUCCCCUGAACUUUCAGUCUCAUGCACAGCCUGA